GCCGGAACAAGCGGUUGAGUUCGAUCAAGUAGGAGAUUCGGUGGACAAUGGUACUGGAUGAACAGGCCAAAGGAGAUGGUACUGUCAAUAUGCCGUGGGUUGAAAAGUACCGUCCAGUUUCCCUCACCGAAGUCGUCUCUCAUGGAGAAAUCACUGAAACGCUUAUGAAAUUGAUCAAUGAAAAUCGAUUGCCACAUUUAUUGUUUUAUGGCCCUCCUGGAACCGGAAAAACGAGUACCAUAUUAGCCGCUGCAAAGAUGAUGUAUGCUCCAAAACAGUUAUCAUCGAUGGUUUUGGAGUUAAACGCAUCCGAUGAUCGAGGUAUCGGAAUCGUUCGAGAACAGAUCAUUAAUUUUGCCCAAACGAGUACUUUAAGUAUGGACAAGAACCAAAAGAGUAUGCCGAAAUUGAUUGUUUUGGAUGAGGCUGAUGCUAUGACGAAGGAUGCGCAGAGUGCCUUAAGACGCGUAAUUGAGAAAUUCACAGACAAUGUUCGAUUCUGUAUUAUAUGUAAUUAUUUGUCGAAAAUCAUUCCCGCAAUCCAAUCGCGGUGCACACGUCUACGUUUCGCUCCACUUCCAAAUGAGCAGAUAUUGCCACGGUUGCAUUAUAUCGUGCAGGCGGAAUCACUAACUAUAACAAAAGACGGUCAGAAUGCACUGUUAAAUUUGGCUGAAGGAGACAUGAGACGGAUCAUCAAUAUUUUGCAAAGCACAGCGAUGGCUUUUAAGACGGUUGAUGAAUGGAGUGUUUAUCAGUGCGUGGGAUAUCCUCUACCAAACGAUGUUGAAAAAAUUGUGAGAAUACUUUUAAACGAUUCAAUAGAAGAUGCUUACACAAAAAUAGAAGAAAUUCGAAGUGAGCGUGCAUUUGCCUUGAGCGACAUAUUGAAUUCAAUGCAUGAUUUCAUAUUCCGUCUCGUAAUACCGCCAGAAUUAUUGAGUCGGCUCUUAGUUUGUAUGGCAGAUAUCGAGUACCAUCUGUCACAGGGUUGCUCAGACCGUUUACAACUUGGAGCUUUAAUUGGUGCUUUUAUAAACAUUCGCAGUGAACUGGCAAAACUUGCUCCUAGUUUCAAAACUCAGGCCAUGAAAUCUAAGUUUGAUCCUUAGUUUUUAUAUAAAACUGCAGAAACUAUGGAGAAAAGUGUUCCGUCUGCAAAAGCUGAAUAACACUAAAGUUAUUUAGCAAGA